AUGUCAGAUAUCUUAACAUCUUAUUCAUCAUAUACAAUUGAUAAUCGGAAUGAUAAUGAUAGUUUUGAAGAGUUUUUAACAAAACUUACUCGAUUUGGUAUUGAUCAAUGUUUACAUUUGGCACAUUUAAUUGUUAACAAACAACGAUUAUUUCAAAAUUAUUCUACACUUGAUCAUAAAUAUAAAAUCUCUCAAGAUAAACAAAUUGAUUUGAAUGAUCUUUUAUUGGAAAUACAAACAUUACAAAAUGAAUUUUAUAAUGUAUUAUUAACUAUAUCAUCAUCAAAUGAUGAGAAAAAGCAACUAUUAUUUAUUAAAUUACAAAAUUAUCUAUCAAAUUUUGUUGAAAUUAAUUUAAGUUUUAAAUCAUAUGAAAUUUCUACUAAAGAAAUUCAUUCGAAUGACUCAAAACAAUCAAUAAAUACAUUUGAAUUAUUAACAAAAAAAUUUGAUGAAACUUUAUCAACAAUAUCUUGCUUAUCUAAAAAACCAUCAAUAAUAUUAUCAUCUUCAUUUUUUUCAGUUGAUGAUAUUAAUAAUAAUAUUGAUAUAGGAAAAAAUUGGAAAUUUGCAAAUAUAAUUCAUACACGUUUUCAAAUGUCUUUAAUUGCAUCCGAUUCACAUAUAAUCAUAUGCUAUAAUAAUCGUAAUGAUUUUCUUCAUUUUCUUCAUAUUAAUGGACAAUUUCAAGGAAAUAUUAAAUGGAAAUAUGAACUUAUUAUUGAUAUUCAUUGGUGUUCAUUUAUGAACCGAUACAUAGCUGUAACACAUAAUUCGAUUUAUAGUAUUGAAUAUAAUAAAUCAAAAUUAUCACCAUCAAAUUCAAUAAUUGUUGAAAAAGUUCUUGAAUUAGAAAAAUGUAAUUCUGCUCGAAUUACUUGUAAUGAAAAUAAGAUUUUACUUUAUACAAAUUAUCAACAAAAAAGUGUAAUUCAAAUUUAUGAUAAUCAAUUCAAAAAUGAAAAAACAUUUAAUAGUUUAAUCAACAAACAAUUACCGAUUAAUAGUCAUUCAUUUUGUUGUACAAAUACAUUAAUUGGUUUAACAGAAAAAGAUGAAAUACUUAUAUCAUAUUUUCCAUAUAUAACUCCAAAAAAAGUUUCCUUACUUCUAUUUGAUAUUGAUACAUUUGAGUUACGUUAUACAAUUGAUUUAAAUGAUUGUUCAAAUAUAUAUACAAUGAAAUGUCUUGAAAAACAUAAUAUAUUCUUUGGUCUUAGUGCUGAAAAAAUUCUAUGGAUUAUUAAAAUUAAUAAUAAUGAAACAAUACAAAUUGCAAAAAAAACUUUCUAUACAAAUCAAACAGAAAUGUGUAUUGUUAACAAUCAAGAUUUAUUAUUGAUAAAUGUUAAUACUGGUUAUGCUAUUCAAUUGAUCAAAUAUCGUAAAAUAAAACAGUAG